CCGCCGCGCCCGCGAUGGAGCCCAACAGCCCCCGCAAGAUCCAGUUCACGGUCCCGCUGCUGGAGCCGCACCUGGACCCGGAGGCGGCCGAACAGAUCCGGAGGCGCCGCCCCACCCCGGCCAACCUGGUCCUGAGCAGUGACCAAUCGUCCCCAGAGAUCGAUGAGGACCGGCUGCCCAACCCCCUGCUGAAGUCCGGCCUGGCCAUGUCCCCCCGGCAGAGGAAGAAGGUGUCCCGCAGCACCCCCACCAUGAAAGAGCUGCAGAUGAUGGUGGAGCAUCACCUGUGCAAGCAGGCGCAGGGCGGCGACGACGACGAGGAGGUGGCGGCCACCGCCCGCUGCCACCGCGGCGACCCCGACCCCGAGCACCGGCACAGCCCCGGCGGCUCCGGCCCGGCCCCGGGCGGCCACCGGACCCCCGGGGAUGGGACACCCCAGGCCGGGACACCCCAGGCGGGGACACCCCGGGCCGGGACACCCCAGGCCGGGACCCCCCGGGCCGGGACCCCCGGGGCCGUGCGGCGCAGCCGGGCUGAGGACGGGACCCAUAUAGAGCCUGGGGACAGCGCGGGCAGCGGCCACUAGGUGUGGCCGCCGCGGACGCCAGCGCAGAUUUUUUUAUUCCGUUUUCUAAGAUUUUGGGGCUGCCCAGAAUUCUUUGGGAUUUUUUUAUUUAUUUUAUUUUAUUUUAAUUUAUUUUAUUCCCACGGGCAGGUCCCCACUUGGCCAGGGCGGGGGGGGGGGGGGUCUGGUGACAACGCCAGGACUGUCCCCUCCCCCUGGGGACCUCAGGGCAGGUGACACG